GACUACACGAGCACUAGGCUACCACUGCUGCAACUAGGCCCCAGGAGAAAAGCAAGGGGGCCUACCUGGAAGCGUGACCCGCCGCGCUCCCGUCCGCGAGAUCCAAGCCCCCUCUUCAACUUGACGCCGGCGACGGAGGGAGGAGGCGAUGCACGGCCGGCCCCGGCGCCCAGCCAAGCCGGAGGACGAGGCGGCGGCGUCAGCGAAAGCCGCCAAACUCCGGGACCUCCAGGCCCAGGUCCUGCAGAACCACCACUCCCGCACGUACACCAAAGAGGCAAUUGGGUUGAGCUUCAAGCUGCUCGAGAUAAAUCCAGAGGCCUACACUGCAUGGAACUACCGGAAGCUUGCAUUCCAGCACAAUAUCAAGGAGCUUUCUGACCCAGAGGCCAUCAGGUCUGCCGUCGACGAUGAGCUCAGAGUGGUUGAGGUUGCUUUAAGGCAGAACCCAAAGUCCUAUGGGGCUUGGUAUCACCGGAAGUGGUUGCUAAACCAAAAGCUAGCCCCAGUGGAUUCCAAACGUGAAUUUGGCCUCUUGGAUAAACUAUUAAAGGUAGAUGCCAGGAAUUUCCAUGGAUGGAAUUACCGAAGGUUCCUUGCAAGGUUCAUGGCAGUGCCAGAUGAGGAAGAGCUUAAGUACACUAUGGAUAAGAUCAGCGACAACUUCAGUAAUUACUCAGCAUGGCACAAUCGUAGUAUACUUCUGUCCAAUCUACUAAUCCAACAGAGCAAAGGUUUCGAAUCAAAGCAGAAGAUUUUUACUGAGGAGUUUGAACUUGUCACUCAAGCUCUUUUCACGGAUCCAAGUGAUCAAAGCGGAUGGUUCUACCACCUCUGGCUUUUAGCUCAAACAUCUACUCCAGAUAAUCCACAGCUGAUUGCUUCAUGGCCUUUUAAUGGUGCAAAGCUCAGUUCCUCUCUGGUCAAGGAAAAGGUUGAGAAGAGCACACUAUCAUCCAUCUGGUGUCACUCACUGAAGGAAAGGACUGUACCCAUCGUUCUCUAUUUUAAUGAGCCUGUCAAAGGAUUAAAUCAAUCAAGUGUGAAGUUAAAAUCUGAUUUGGAGUUUGGUAAGGAUAUUCGCUGGAGGGCCCUUUCAGUGACAGAUUCUGGUUAUUCUAACUGUUGGGCCACGUAUCUUCAAAUUGCAAAUGAAUGUAGCAGUUCACAGCAAUAUUCUGUUGACGUGAGCAUACCCUGCUCAGAUGACAUUGUGUCUAGAAGUGGCUCUACCUACAAUUGUCCUGUGCAUUUGACAUUUGCUAUUGAAUUGAUCAGCGACGAAGCCCAGGAUAUAGAUCUGUUUGAUAAGCCAGUCGCCUGGAAUCGCUCAGAUUCAUUCCAGCCUCAUGAAAAUCGUGAGUCUAUGCCUUUUGAUCUGCUAAAGAUCACUAGUGCCUUGGUCGAAGAGGAUUCAAAUUGGCAUUUUGAAAGACUAUCUGAGGAAAUAGACCUUUUCAGAGAAUUACCUGAUGAUAAUAGCAAGUUUGUGAAGUUGACAUUAGCCCGGCUGUUGCUUGCUUGUGCUGCAAUAAAGUCCCGUGGAAGAUCUCUCAUUGAAAGGAAGAGAUACUGUGAAGAGGCGAUGGGGUACUUCAGUGACUUAAUUCGCCUGGAUCCAUCUCAUAAAUGGUACUAUGAGGAUGAACGGAGCUUAGUACUAAUGGAUAAGUUAAGUUGUGACACGGAGACUUUCAUGAAGCACUGUUCAGUUAAGGUUGAACCAAAUUUGGUUCCGCUGAAUCAUGUGCAACUUUGCUCAUUGUCUUUAACGUGCAUUGGAUUUGCUGAACGCCUGAUAUGGGUUCAAGUUCUGGACCUAAGCCAUAACAGUCUUAGAUCAGUUGAAGGUUUGGAGGCUUUGCAGCAGCUUGUGUCCUUGAACAUCAGCAACAACCAGAUCAGUAGUUUCACAGCACUUGAACCCCUUACGAAGAUAAUUUCUUUGAAAGUACUGGAUUUAUCUUUCAACGAGAUUGGAGCUCACUCAAUUGACACAACUCGGUAUAUAUGUUCAUCUCCUUUCUCACACAAAGUUGAAGCAUGUGAAGCUUUUGAAGAGUGCCGGAAGAAAAGUAUCAAUGUGGAGGAAUACUGGGACGCCAUACUGUUCUUCGAAUCUCUGAAGUUGGCUCAGCUUGAUAUCAAAGGAAAUGCAGUAGCAAGCAAGGAGGACUUCAGAACUCUUGUCACGAUGCUCAUUCCUUCUCUAAAAUGGCUCAAUGGCGAGUGUGCCAAUUAAUUGAUGGCUUUUACUUGAGAGUUGUGCAAACUUGGAUAGCAUCAAAGUUCAUGCUGUAAACUAAUUUUUGGUAACAGGCAUUGAUUUGCUCCAUAUGUACUGCUAUAUUUAUUUAAGCAAAUCUGAGACCCAAACAUGGUGUUACAGAGUUCUGAUUUUUCAGGAAUGAACUGUCAUAGAUCAUACAAUGAAAAAGAAAUGUUUCAAUGAAAGUUGAAUGAUUCAGAUAUGUUAGUUUGAAACA